AUGUCGUCAGCGAUCGAUGCCAUGGAUUGUCAACAAAAUCACGUGUCGUUUGCCGUAAUGUCCGAUGUCUUGAGGUCCAGACACCGACACAGGACGUCAGCGACGAGUGGUUCGCCAGAAGAUAGUCUAGCGAAGACCCAGAGGAAUGAAAACGUGGAUUAUUUGGGUAUAUCUGCGGCCAAUCACCGGGAGGUGAGCGGUCUGUACGACAGCGAUGGCACCGGCGAUGACGUGAUCCACGAGUACUCGGAUCUCUUGCUCAAGAAGUCGGCGAAGAUGAGCGAUGAGAACCUAUUGGUGACCACUUUUGGUAGAGUGAGACUCGACUCACUCAACGAGCCAUCAAUUCAUGGCCAAUACGAUGAAGACAAUGAACGGCCGAAGUUUGAUAUCAAAGAGUUUGAGUCCAAACUCAGUGAUCGUCGGGUGAACACUAGUGGCCAACAAAAUCAAUCCGACUGUACCUCUGAAGACAAUAACUUUAUUGACGGCCAAUAUUUUGGUGGCGUUUCUACCGGUGAUCGUAAGAAAGUCGAUGACAACAGUUCCGCAGACAGUCACACGAGUGGAUCUGACUUUGGAUUCAUUGACAAACAGUUUUUCGCGAAGAACACCGACAUUAAGCCAUUAAUUAAGAGUAAAAUUGAUUUCAAAUUCAGUUCACAAUUCAAUGAGUUCUUAGAGCAGAAGGCGGUCGACGAGCAGAAUAUGUUCCAGAAUUUCAGAAGUUUUGAAAAUAAGAAUCUGAAAGCUAUUCCUCCGACGGAUGAAGUGUUGGACGAGAAUAACGAGAUUAAAGAGAAAAUCGCUGAACAAAGAGAGAUAAAACUGGAGGAGUAUAUCACAAAACCUGCAGAUUAUUCGUCCAAAACGAGAACCGGUGCUCAGUAUCUGAAUGAUGUGCAGUCGGGCGCCGUAUCGCCACAAUAUCCCCAUAAGUUUACCGAUGAGGUCAAGAAUUAUCGCUCACAACUUGGUUUAGGCAAAGAGAAACUCGAC